AUGUCUACCGCCAUAAGCUCCUCUCCCUCGCCCGCCGCCUCUCCACGAUCCUCUUUCCACGCCCCGUCGCCGCGCAACGCCUUCGCUCCUCCGCCGCGCAGCUCACCCCGCCAUUAUCCUUCCAGCUCGCCGAGACGCACUUUUAAUGCGCCAGCCCCCGCCAGCGCCGCCCACCAGCCCAAGCAGCUCCAGCACUUCGUAGAGAGCGGCCCGGUAGCGUCCAGCUUUUCCGGGUACGUAGAUGCUGCCACCCAGUACAGCCCGGACGGCUAUCCUCCCACCGCUGGUCGCAAAGUGGCCGCCGCUGCGGAGAGGCCUCCGGGUUCGACGCCCAGCGGCGCGCGCAAGAGGAAGGACGCCGCGCCUGCAGACACAUCCUCCAUCUCGUCGAUGACCUCCGCCAGCGCCUCGUCCGGCGCCUCACAAACACGCACCUCGCAAGCUCCCGCAGAGCCGCGUGUGAGGGCAGACCCUGCCACAGACACUUCGUCGACUGACCCAGAGCCGGAAGAAGCACGCUCGACGCAUGGCCAUUCAGCUGCACCUAAGCGGUCAAAAGCAGAGGGGACGGUCAAGAUUAUGCCGGCCAAAUACGAGACGUGCAACCCCAAGGAUCUGGGCGUUCUCAUAUCCAACAUGCUCAUGGAGCUCAUCCGCAUAAACGAUAGGAUACCUUUGCGCGAUGGCCGACUGACCAGGUUCCAUUCCAGAGCUCCUCCCGGGAUCAGCGUCUCUGAUUACCUGCAGCGACUGAUCCAGCACGCAACGCUCUCACCUCCCAUAUUGCUCAGCAUGGUGUACUACAUCGACCGUUUAUGUAACAUGUACUCGGCGUUUACGAUCAACAGCCUGACUGUGCAUCGUUUUCUCAUCACUGCAGCCACGGUUGCAGCCAAAGGACUCAGCGACUCUUUCUGGACGAACCCUACUUACGCUCGCAUAGGAGGCAUCCCAGUAUCUGAGCUGGCGACGCUGGAACUUGAGUUCCUACAGAGGGUCCAAUGGCGUAUUGUGCCGAAGCCUGAAGUGCUCGAGGAGUACUAUCAAAGCCUGGUGGAUCGAACGGAUGGCUAUGACAUUGAAGAGUCGAGCACGUCAGAGUCCGAAAGCGCGAGCUUGGUUGAGAGCGAAGCAGCUUCUAAGGGGAGUGUGGGCUCGAAAGCAGCAAAAGCAAGGACGGUUGACAAGGACGGUGAUGACAAUAUGGGCUGA